AUGUGGUUAAUGUCGCCUAAAGGAUAUGGAGGCAAAACUCAUGAGCUCUGCAUGCAUGAUUUUGGGACUUCAACCUGUUUGAACUAUAGAAUUCAGGUUAUGGAAAGUUUGGGGCAGUCUUUUUUGGUGAUCAGGGAUCAGAAUGGGACUAAUGGUUGCUGCAUUGUGGCAAGUGCUCGAUUUGUUAUUGAGUCACUUCGGCUAAAAGUUACAGUACCAAAUAGUACUGAUCUGAUAGGCAAGCCUGCUAAAUUUGAGAAAAUUAUGCUUAUCUGUUAUAGUAGCCAAUCAGAUGUUGUUACUUGCCAUGGUAUGAAUUGCACGAAGAGGUUCCCUCUUGGUGGGUUUUUAUGCAAUAUGCCCUCUCAGUUUGUCUCAUUUCCAUUCUUCCCUCUGAACUCAUGUAGAAAGAAAAUGCAAUCCUUUGAUGGAAAUGAUGAGUCGAAGUAUGCAUCAAAUGUUAUGGAAAGUUUGGGGCAGUCUUUUUGGGUGAUCAUGGAUCAGAAUGUGACUAAUGAUUGCUGCAUUGUGGCAAGUGCUCGAUCUGUUAUUGAGUCACUUUGGCUAAAAGUUACAGGCUGUACAUAUGAUGAUAUGAUUCAGCUUUUGGGUUUUGAUUACCAUCUUGGAGAAAUCUCUGAUAAAUUGUCAGAGGGCUUUCUUUUGGUCUUUGUGUUUGAAGUGAAAAUUGGUCAUGAAAAAGGAGUUUUUAAUCAGCCAUUAAGUGGGAUUUGUAUAACUGGAUUGCAUGAAUGGUCAAGACAUGCCAUUGCUGAUGUUUUGAUGUAUGAGUCUUGUGUUUUCCUCUCUGUUUUCUAUUUUAGGUUAUCUGUUAUCGGAAUGUUGGUUGCUUUUGUUAAAGGAGAUUUAUAG